AUGCUGGAGAUCGAGCAGAAGAUCCGGGAGAGGGAGAACUUCCUGAUGCCGAUGUACCACCAGGUGUCGGACAUUGUACCGUGGCGGAAAUCCCGGUCCAUUCUGUACUGGAGGCUGAGGAGGCGUCUGCUCGAGGACAGGGUAAUCAAGGGCCUCAUGGACGCCCAACCCGAGUUGGCGCUGGGCCAGGGCGAGGCCAUGCUUAGGAGGUGGUUCAUCGAGGACAAGGGCGCCGCAGAGAGCUACAAAUGGGACAAAAACGAGGUGGUGGUCCAGUGGAUCGAAGAGCAACUGUCCAAGCCCAGCAACGAGUCCAUCAUCAACCGAAAUAUCCACGUCGUGAAGAAAGACGCCGUCAUCAACCAAAUCAAGUGUUCGUUGGAA